UCUUUCUCUCUCUAGAACUGUAAAUAAUCCAAAUCAAAUCUCUCUCUCUCUCACACACACACAAACACGCACUGAAUGUGAAAAAACCGCCCCCUACCAGAGUAAUGCCAGAAUCAAAAUUCUCCAACAAAAACACACACAAUCGGUGAAAAUAUACAGCACAGUUACAGAAGGUGCGCAUAUACAUACACGAUUCUGAAAUUCGGUCGGAGUAGAUGAAGUGCAAGAGACACCCGGCCGAUCUGAGUAACAGAGUCGGCGUCUGCGCCUCCUGCCUCCGGGAGCGCCUCUCCGCCAUCAUCGCCGCCCAGGUACUAAAGCAGGCCCACCAUGAAUGCCUCAAAUCCGACGCGCAGAAGCCGCGGUCGCUUCCGUUCCCUAGGUCCGUGUCACCGUAUAUUUCUCGCCGGAAGUCGGACACCGCCGCCGCCACGUGGCAGAUCCAGGGGCGUUUCUACAGCACCCCCCACGUGGGGCCCACUGGCUCGAUCACGGUCGAAAUUAAGAGCAGCUCGACCGGUAGUGGUGGUGUGGGUGGGAGAUUCUCUUCUCUGAUUUCCGGUCUGUUCAGAUCGAAAUCGGAUAAGCCGGAUUCAAACCACGGUCCGGUUCCCGAUCCUAGGGUUACGGUCGAUUCAUGCUCGGCUAAUCCUUCGUGGUUCUCCACCAUUAUCCGCGGCGGCCGGAAAAAGAAGAUUCGGAACUUCUCGAUCGACGAAAACCCUAGCGGAACGCAGCCGCGGCGGACUUGCCGGAUUCGCGACAGGGGAAUGUCGCCGGAAACCUACCCCCCCGACGACGACGAGCAUUGCCACGGCGGAUCAAGCGGAUACUCGUCGGAGUCCUCCCCAGGGUGGAAGCAGACGCCGCGGAGGACGCCGGCGUCGACGCGGCGCGGCGGAGGUAGGGCGGCGGCGGCGGGGCACAGCAGCAACAACAUAUCGGCGUUCGCGUUCUGUUUGAGCCCCCUGGUUAGGGCCAGCCCGAACCGUCAGUGGAGUCAGAAGGGAGCGCCGCCGGAGAUGGCGGUGGCCGGAGAAUCUAGGGCUCCGGCGAAGCCGCACUUGUCCACAGCGGCGUCGUUUUGCAAGAACAGAUCCCGUAAACUCGCCGAUUUUGGGAGGUACAACUACGACCCGCCUACACAUUGAUUAUUCAUCCGCGCCUAUUUUUUCACCCAUGAAAUUACCGUUUUACCCCCGCUCGGUCAAUUUUUCUUCCUUGUAUGUACACUUUCGUUUUACCUUUUUUUUUUAGUUACAAAUAGGUAAUUAUUAUUAUUAAGAAAAAAAAUAUAAAAUGUAAUGUUUUUGUUUGUUGGGAUUCAUUCUUGAUCGUAAUACGAUCAGUGAAGUUACGAAAAAGCCCCUCAAUGUUGAUCAGUGAAGUUACGAAAAAGCCCCUCAAUGUUUUUUCUUUCGUAUUGCGAUGGAAUGUGAUGCAUUUGGCUCCCCAUUAGGCUUACACAUUUGAUUUAGUGCGUUUUCACAAUUGAUGAGUUAGUGAGUGAGUUGAGGUGGGUAAAAUGUGUAAAUGUAAUGAUGCCUAAAGCGUUGACUAUUUAAUGUGAUCAAAAGUGAAAUAA